AUGCUGUUCAAAUCAAGCAUUGCUGCUGGCUUACUUGCCGCAGCCAAUGCUGCACCCACCACUACCACGGCCACUGGGUCUUCCUCAGCCUCUACUUCUGCCUCUGCUUCUGCAAGUUCAUCACCAUUCGGAGUCUACUCAUACAAUCAGGAAGCCUCAAUCAACAGUGCUGCGGUUGCAUCUGUCGCUUCUUUUGCUGGUAUUCCAGCCUCUGAGAUCCCAGGUGCAGACGUUCCUGUUUUUCCGGUUGUGAGCAGCCAGGUCAACGGAACUGCAUCGCAUGGCCCAUAUUCAGGUAGCGCUACAACAACCGGUGCGGUCAAAACAACAGCUCUCGGAAGUGAAAUUCCAGUGUUGCCACCAAACCCAGUGGAAACAGGUUACGUGCCCAAUGGUCUGCUCCACAACCCCCAGCCAGUGCCAUAUCAGCCAGCCGGUGGACUUGGUACCAACGGCACUGAGCCCGUCUACAGAGUUCAGUCCGAUUUCGACUACGAAUCCAUCCUCCUUGGUCUCUACCAGGAGUGGAUCGAGCUUGAUCUGUUUCACAACAUUCUUGCCACCUUCAACGAGAGCGACUUCACGGCUGCAGGUCUUACUCCGUCGGAUCGCUUUCUCAUCGAGUUCAUGGCGGACCAAGAAACCGGACAUGCCACCCUCCUCAGCAAUCUCCUCGGAGGACCAGGAGGGGCUACUCCUCAGUGCACAUACAACUACCCAUUCACCACUGUUCACGAAGCCUUCGACUUCACCCAAAAGCUCACCCGCUUUGGAGAGUCUGGUGUAUGGGGUUUCCAAGCCCACUUGGAUUCUCGAGAAGUUGCUCAGCUUCUCGACCAGUCCAUCGCCACUGAAGCUCGUCAACAGAUGAUCUUCCGUCAAUUCGCAGGCCUGUUCCCAAUGCCCGUCUGGUUCGAGACUGGUAUCCCACAAUCAUGGGCAUGGACUCUACUCGCGCCAUACAUUUCGUCCUGCCCCUCCAACUCCAAGCGUCUUGCCUGGCAAAACUUUCCUGCUUUGACGGUUUUGAAUCAACCAAAUUCUGCGCGUAUCAAUGCCACGCAAGGUUUUUUCAAUGAGACUGCAGGCUUCGGUCCAGCCGCACCUAGCUCUGACCCCCCAGCUGGGCAAAAUUGCGUCGGGAACAACGUCACUGGCUUCGACUGCUCCGCUGGUAUCUCCCAGAACCGCAGCAUUGCGCUCUCUUACCCGGGACGCAAGGUCUACUUGGAGUGGGAGAAUCCGGGAAAGCCAGUAGGACCUAAUAACAGCUAUGUCACUUCGACUAGCGCCAAGGCCCCGCAGUUUGUGCUUUGGGUUUCGCAGUUGAAUGCUACGUACUCGCCGUUGACGAACAUUACAACCACGAAUGGGACAAACUAUGGUAUGACCAUUCAACCGGAUGUUUCUACCUACGAAGGAGAUCCAGCUAUCAAUGGCACCAUGUUCAUCGCACUCACUGAUUCCAACAUCACAUACACUGCUUUCAAUCUCAGCGCUGUCAAUCCUCACGUUGCAGCCGGUCCAUUCUUGUACCAGGCUGGAUAA